CGAGAUAGUUGCAAUUGGCAACUAUUUUUCUCACCGCAGCUCGCCGGAGGCAGCAGGCUAGGCGGGCGAGUCAGCCCACCUAAGCGAAGCAGCCGCCACAUAUACCCUUGACCUGUUGGCUGUGGCCCCGACUCUCCCCUCACCCUCAAGCGAAAAUGACAGCCCACGCCGUCCCCGACGCCGACAUCCUCGCCCUCCGCGCCUUCAACCGCUUCUACACGCGCCACGCCGGCGUCCUGGGCCCGUACCUCGCCUCAGACUUGUCGCUCACGGACGUGCGUGUGCUCUACGAGAUUGCACACGCCGCGGAGCCGCCGACGGCCACCGAGAUCGCGCGCACCCUCGGCCACGACAACGGAUACCUCUCGCGCAUCCUCAAGCGGCUCGAGACGCGCGGGUGGGUCCGGCGCGCCCCGCACCCGCGCGACGGCAGGCAGAGCUUGCUGGCCCUCACGCCGGACGGGGAGGCGGCGUACGCGGGCCUCGAUGAGCGCAGCCAGGCGCAGGCGGGCGAGAUGCUCGCCCCCCUCUCGGAGGAGAAGCGGGACGAGCUGAUGCGCGCGCUGGAUACGGUGCGCCGGCUCCUGGGCGACGCUACGUUGGCUCUCGACGCCGGAGAUGCAGCGCAAGUGUCCACCGGCGCCAAGGCUGCCCCAGCGCUGCCAACACCGGCUCACCCGACGCCGACGGGCGACGUCAUCCUCCGCGACCUGCAGCCCGGCGACCUCGGCUGGGUCGUGCAGACGCAUGGCUCGCAGUACUUUGCCGAGUACGGCUGGGGACGCGAGUUCGAGGUCCUGGCCGCUGAAGUCAUCGUCGACUUUGGGCGGGACAAGGAUCCGCGCGUCCGGGCGUGGAUCGCCGAGCGCGGCGGCGAGCGCGUCGGCUGUGUUUUCAUGGUCCGGGGACGGGACGACGAGACGGCCAAGCUGCGCCUGCUGUGUCUCACGCCUGGUGCGCGCGGCGCCGGGCUCGGCGCCCGGCUCGUGGACGAGGUGCUCGCGCACGCCCGCGCGAUGAAAUUUAAGCGGCUCGAGCUGUGGACGCACUCGUGCUUGACGACAGCGCGGAGCAUCUACGCGCGCCGCGGCUUCGUCAUGAAGGAGAUCAAGCCGUACGUCAGCGACGGCGGCACGGAGCUCGUGGGCGAAAACUGGGAGCUGGAGUUGUAAUAUGGUAUGCCAGUGCAUGUGAUGGGCUGUGCGAUGAUGCGAUGAGAUGACU